AUGGAGAAUGCUACAGAAGUGAUUGAAUUCAUCCUCCUUGGACUAACCAAUGACCCAGAGCUGCAAGUGCCACUCUUGAUCAUGUUCACUGUCAUCUACCUCGUGACAGUGAUUGGGAAUUUGGGAAUUAUGGUGUUGAUUCUCUUGGACUCUUAUCUCCACACUCCCAUGUACUUUUUCCUCAGUAACCUGUCUCUGGCAGAUUUGUGUUACUCUUCAGCUGUCACUCCUACAGUCAUGGCUGGAUUUCUUCUAGAGCACAAAGUCAUCUCCUACAAUGCAUGUGCUGCUCAGAUGUUCUUUUUUUUAGCCUUUGCCACUGUGGAAAAUUUCCUCUUGGCCUCCAUGGCCUAUGACCGCUAUGUGGCAGUGUGCAAACCCCUCCAUUAUACCAGGACCAUGACCUCUGGUUUGUGUGGGAGUCUGGCCAUAGGUUGCUAUGUCUGUGGGUUCCUGAAUGCCUCCAUCCACAUUGGGGACACAUUCAGCCUCUCUUUCUGUGAGUCCAAUGUGGUCCAUCACUUUUUCUGUGAUGUUCCAGCAGUCAUGGUUCUCUCUUGCUCUGAUAGACAUAUUAGUGAGCUGGUUCUUAUUUAUGUAGCGAUCUGCAACAUCGCUUUUGCAGUUCUGGUUAUCUUGACUUCCUACAUAUUCAUAUUUAUCACCAUCCUAAACAUGCACUCAUCUACAGGGUAUCAGAAAGCUCUGUCCACCUGUGCCUCCCACUUCACUGCAGUCUCCAUCUUCUAUGGGACUGUCAUCUUUGUGUACUUACAGCCCAACUCCAGCCAUUCCAGUGACACAGAAAAAAUUGCAUCUGUGUUUUAUACAAUGGUCAUCCCCAUGCUGAACCCCCUGGUCUACAGCCUGAGGAACAAGGAGGUUAAGAGUGCACUCAUGAAGGUUUUAGGUCAGCUCAUUUCUUCCCCUAUUUCCCUUCAGAGAGGUUUAACUCACACCUUUGUAGUACAAUCAGAUUUUUAA